UUUAGCAAAAUAUCUGAAAAACUUCUAAAAUAUAAUAAAAUCGACACAAAAUGCUAUUAAUGAAAUACGAUUAUGUGGAAAAAUUCAUUGAAAUCUUUAAAUACUAUUUGGCUUUUGUUAAUUUCAUCGAUGUUGUUGUGCCAAAUCAAAAUCGUAGUUUGUGGACGCGUGAGGAAUUUCGCCAAAAUGAACGCGAAUUAUAUAGUUUGUACAACGAUCUGUUGGAUUUAAUCAGACAACAUAAUAGUCGUGAAUUUCGUAGAUUCACUCGUAUUAAUGUAUCAACUUAUCAAUAUUUAAUACGCAUUUUACGAAAGAAAUUAUGCAAAUAUUCUUUGCGUAAACCAAUACCGCCAGAAUGUAGACUUAUGUUGACAUUAAUCUAUUUAGCCCAUGAUUCAGCCAGAACAUUAUUGUCCUUGGCCUUUCGCAUGGGCAAAUCGACUGUCAGAGAAAUUAUUUUGGACACUUGCCAAGCGAUCUGCGAAGAAUUGGGACCGACAUACUUAAAAUCGUCUAAUUCCUCGGCCGAUGACUACUUUGUUUUGGCGGAAGAAUUUGAAAAAGAAAUAGGCCUACCGAAUUGUAUUGGCUGUAUAGAUGUAAUUGAAUUUCAACAUGACAAGAAAUGUUAUUCGCCCAUUAUUGCCAUGGCUGCCUGUAAUGCUAAAUACCAAAUCACCCAUGCUGAUGUUGCCUUGCCUAAAGAGAUUAAAGAAAAGGACAAUUUCAUAAACCGAUUAAUACAAAAGAAACUGCAGAUGCCCAAUGAUAUGGUUAUGCCUGACACUGGUUUAAUGUUGUCCCCCUACUUUAUAACACCCACAAAUUUUCCCUUGGUUGACAAUGUAAUGAGACCUUAUCCCGGCAAAGCUUUAACACCCGAAAAACAGAAUUGCAAUGAACAUUUAAAGGUGGGCUCUCGUUUAAUAGAAAAUUCGUUGGGUGUUUUGGUAUGGAAAUGGAAAGUGCUACAAAACAAAUUCACUUGUCGCAUGGACAUUGGCGUGGAGCAUAUCGUUAAGGCCACCAUGAUAUUGCACAAUUUUGCCAUGCAACAUGAUGCGGCCUAUUUCAACAAGAAAUUUGUAGAUCAUUAUGAUGAGACAACCAUGGAAUUUGUGCCGGGUUUGUGGCGCCAACAAGAUUUUGAUCUUACUCACUCAAAGAUCUUUUACGAUAGUAAUGCUAGGGAAGAAGCUUUUGCUAAUCGAGAUUUAUUAAAAGAUUAUUUAUAUAAUAAACAUGUUAAUCAAUAAAAAAAAA